GUCGUUGGCUUUGGAUUUGGCAAACACUCCAUCACCGUCACUACACUCACCUCUGCUGGGAACAUCGGGGAAGAUGGGAUCCUGAGCUGCACCUUUGAACCUGACAUCAAACUUGCGGAUAUUGUUAUUCAGUGGCUGAAGGAAGGUGCCAGGGGCCCAGUGCACGAGUUCAAAGAAGGCAAAGAUUACCUGUCGGGCCAAGAUGAAAUGUUCCGAGGCAGGACAGCAGUGUUUGCUGAUCAAGUGAUAGUUGGCAACGCCUCUCUGAGGCUGAAAAAUGUGCAACUCACCGAUGCAGGCACUUAUAAAUGCCACAUCAUCACCUCAAAGGGCAAGGGAAAUGCUAACCUUGAAUAUAAAACUGGAGCCUUCAGCAUCCCGGAAGUGAAUGUGGACUACAAUGCCAGCUCAGAAAGCUUACGGUGUGAGGCUCCCCGGUGGUUCCCCCAACCUACGGUGGCCUGGGCAUCCCAAGUUGACCAGGGAGCCAACUUCUCAGAAAUCUCCAACACCAGUUUUGAGCUAAACUCUGAAAAUGUGACCAUGAAAGUUGUCUCUGUACUGUACAAUGUCACAAUCAACAACACAUACUCCUGUAUGAUUGAGAAUGACAUUGCCAAAGCCACAGGAGAUAUCAAAGUAACAGACUCUGAGAUUAAAAGGCGGAGUCACCUACAGCUGCUGAACUCAAAAGCUUCACUAUGUAUCUCUCCUCUGUUGGCCAUCAUCUGGGUCCUCCUGCCUCUCUCCCCUUGCUUGAUGCUAAAAUAA